GGCUCCUCCCGGCCUCUCGCCCCGCCCCCACGUCCCGCUCGCCCGCCUGCCUGGCUGCGGGGUGACACGGGGCUUCGCCUUGGGAAGGGGUCAAGGGAAGCAGUUAGACGGCGGCCGGGCGGCGGCUGCGGCGCGGCACACAAUAUUUAUUUAGUUGGCCAACUACCAUUGAUGAAGAUAUGUUAGAGUGACUGCUGAAAUUGCCUUUUUGCUUUUAACCGGAGGACAGUCCAUUUGUUUCACUUCUUUUUGCUUUCCUUACUGCUAUGAGCUUUACUGUAACGGCUGAAAAACUUGGAAAAUAAAAUGGACCUGCUGUAGUCUUGAACAUAAUUUUUUUAAGGAAAACUUAAAGUGCCAGAGUGAAAGCCAGAAUGGCAUCCAGAGAGAGGCUCUUUGAACUUUGGAUGCUUUAUUGUACAAAGAAAGAUCCAGAUUACCUGAAGCUAUGGUUGGACACUUUUGUUUCUAGCUAUGAACAGUUUUUAGACGUUGACUUUGAAAAGCUGCCUACCAGGGUAGAUGAUAUGCCUCCAGGAAUAUCUCUGCUUCCUGAUAAUAUUCUGCAGGUUCUGAGGAUCCAGCUGCUACAGUGUGUUCAGAAAAUGGCAGAUGGGUUAGAGGAACAACAGCAAACAUUGUCAAUUUUGCUUGUCAAGUUCUUCAUUAUUCUUUGCAGAAAUCUAUCAAAUGUGGAAGAAAUUGGGACUUGCUCGUACAUUAAUUAUGUCAUCACCAUGACAACACUCUAUAUUCAGCAAUUAAAAAGCAAAAAAAAAGAGAAGGAAAUGGCAGAUCAGACAUCUAUUGAAGAAUUUGUGAUCCACGCAUUGGCAUUUUGUGAAAGCUUAUAUGAUCCAUAUCGGAAUUGGAGACAUAGAAUUUCAGGACGAAUCCUUAGUACUGUGGAAAAGAGCAGACAGAAAUAUAAACCAGCUUCUCUCACAGUGGAAUUCGUCCCUUUCUUUUAUCAAUGUUUUCAGGAAAGUGAACAUCUCAAGGAAAGUCUUAAAUGUUGCUUACUGCAUCUCUUUGGAGCCAUUGUAGCCGGUGGGCAGAGGAAUGCUUUGCAAGCAAUUUCUCCAGCCACUAUGGAAGUUCUUAUGCGAGUUUUGGCAGAUUGUGAUUCUUGGGAGGAUGGAGAUCCUGAAGAAGUGGGUAGGAAGGCAGAACUAACUCUGAAGUGCCUUACAGAAGUGGUACAUAUCCUUCUCAGUAGCAACUCUGAUCAGCGUCAGGUGGAAACCAGUACUAUUCUCGAGAACUAUUUUAAAUUGCUAAAUUCAGAUCAUUCAGCUUUACCUAAUCAAAGAAGGUCCAGACAGUGGGAAAACCGAUUUAUUGCUCUACAGAUCAAAAUGCUGAAUACCAUCACAGCCAUGUUAGAUUGUACAGAUAGGCCUGUUCUUCAGGCCAUUUUUCUUAACAGCAAUUGCUUUGAACAUCUCAUACGACUGCUGCAAAACUGCAAGCUGUUUUUAAAUGCUAACAAUAAGGUGGCAGACAAGAACGAGAAAGACCUUGCCAACAAAUUACUGACAGAAAUGAAUGAGGACCAGGUGUUUCAGGGACAAUUGGAUUGUUUGGCCAUAUCAACCAUUCAGGCUUUGACAGCAGUAAUGAACAAAUCUCCAGCUGCUAAGGAAGUAUUUAAAGAAAGAAUUGGUUAUACACAUAUGCUUGAAGUAUUAAAAUCCCUGGGUCAGCCACCACUGGAAUUACUUAAAGAACUUAUGAAUAUGGCUGUAGAGGGUGACCACACUUCAGUUGGGAUUUUGGGCAUUAGUAAUGUCCACCCUCUCUUGCUUCUUAUCCAGUGGCUUCCAGAACUACAAUCCCAUGACCUGCAAAUCUUCAUCUCUGAUUGGCUGAAAAGAAUUUGUUGUAUUAAUAGACAGAGUCGAACUACUUGUGUCAAUGCAAACAUGGGGAUUAGAAUCAUUGAAACCCUUGACUCUCAUUCUUCCCUCCAUCAAACUUGUGCUGAGAACUUAAUUGCAAUCCAUGGUUCCUUGGGGAGUCAGUCAGUGAGCUCAGAAGAAAUCCGUCGACUACUAAGAUUGCUGAGAGUGGAUGAAUCUGAGUCUGGUCACCCUUAUGUCCCUCCCGUGACUCGAGCAAUCCUGACAAUGGCCCGAAAACUAAGUCUAGAGAGUGCCCUCCAGUAUUUCAAUUUGUCACAUAGUUUGGCAGGAAUUUCUGUGCCUCCCAUACAGAAAUGGCCAGGGUCUGCCUUUUCUUUCAGUGCUUGGUUUUGCUUAGAUCAGAAUCAGUUGACUCUUGGCAUUGCUAACAAAGGAGGGAAAAGGAAACAAUUGUACAGUUUUUUUACAGGAAGUGGCAUGGGUUUUGAAGCCUUUAUUACCCAUUCAGGUAUGUUGGUCGUGGCAGUGUGCACAAAAAGAGAAUAUGCAACGGUUAUGCUUCCUGACCACAGUUUCUUUGAUUCCCUCUGGCACAACAUAACUAUUGUCCAUAUGCCUGGAAAAAGGCCUUUUGGUCAGAGCUUCGUCUAUAUCUAUGACAAUGGACAACAGAAGGUUUCUGCCCCUCUCAGAUUUCCUGCCAUGAAUGAACCCUUUACUUCCUGUUGCAUUGGUUCAGCUGGGCAAAGAACCACCACUCCUCCACCAUCCCAAAUCCCAGAUCCACCUUUCUCUUCUCCCAUUACCCCUCAUCGGACAUCAUUUGGUGGAAUUCUGUCAUCAGCCUCCUGGGGAGGAACAGUUGAAAAAUCAAAAUUGAUUACCAAAUUGAUAUCAGCUGGAACCCAAGACAGUGAAUGGGGGUGUCCCACAUCUCUGGAGGGUCAGCUAGGAUCUGUUAUCAUCUUUUAUGAACCACUGCAACCUCCUCAGGUGAAGGCAUUAUAUUUAGCAGGUCCAAAUUGUUUAAGCCCUUGGAAGUGUCAAGAGUCUGACAUGGCCGACCUGCCUGGUAACAUCCUUCUUUACUACACAGCAAAGGCCUGUAAAAAUUCAAUCUGUCUUGAUUUAUCUACUAAUUGUUUGCACGGAAGAUUAACAGGAAACAAAGUAGUGAACUGGGACAUUAAGGAUAUCAUAAACUGCAUAGGCGGGUUAAAUGUACUCUUCCCUUUAUUGGAACAAAUCAGCCACUUUAGUGAAGGACAUAUUCCUGAAGAAAAGAAUGAAAGCACAGUUCCUGAAUCAAUAACACCUGUUGAAGGAGAUUGGCUCGUAUUGACUUCCACAAAGGCCUCAGAGUCAAGACUAGAGAGAAACCUAGUUGCAACAUUUAUCUUGAUUGUGAAACAUUUUAUUCAGAGACAUCCUAUCAACCAGGACAAUCUUAUUCACUCUCAUGGAGUUGCAACUCUUGGUGCUUUACUUCAGAAGGUGCCAAGCACCUUGAUGGAUGUUAAUGUAUUGAUGGCAGUUCAGUUACUAAUUGAACAAGUAUCAUUAGAGAAAAAUAUGCAGCUCCUGCAACAAAUGUAUCAAUAUUUACUCUUUGACUUUCGUAUUUGGAACCGUGGAGAUUUUCCCUUUCGAAUCGGUCACAUACAGUAUCUUUCAACCAUCAUUAAAGACAGCAGGAGAGUUUUCCGAAAGAAGUAUGGUGUGCAAUUUCUCCUAGAUACACUUAGGAUUUAUUAUGGGAAUGGUUGUAAAUAUAAUGAACUGUCUCUAGAUGAUAUUCGAACAAUAAGGACUUCUUUGUAUGGACUAAUUAAAUAUUUUCUGUGCAAAGGUGGAUCUCAUGAAGAGAUACAAAGUAUUAUGGGGUACAUAGCUGCUACUAAUGAAGAAGAACAGCUCUUUGGAAUUUUGGAUGUGCUCUUCAGUCUCCUACGUACCAGCCCAACUAGAGGUCAGCUUUUCUUACUGCUUUUUGAACCGGGAAAUGCUGAUAUACUGUAUGCAUUGCUCUUAAAUCAGAAGUACUCUGACAGACUAAGAGAAAUCAUUUUUAAGAUUAUGGAACAAAUGUUGAAAUGCACGAACGUUUAUGAGCGUAGUAAACAACAUAUUCGACUCAGAGAAGUUGGCUACUCAGGACUGGGACUCCUUCUUAAUGAAGCACUUGUUAAUACUUCUCUUAUUAAAAACCUCACCCAUCAAAUCAUAAAUACAGAUCCUGUUAUUAAUUUCAAAGAUCUACUAUCUGUGGUAUAUAUAUCUCACAGAGCACAUAUAAAUGUUAGAGUGGCCAUCUGCAGAAAGGUUUUACAAAUUUUGCAGUCCCAGCCAGAUGCAGCGCAUCAAAUAUCACAACAAGUGGGUUGGCAAGACACCUUAGUUAGGCUUUUUUUAAAAGCAAAAUUGGAAAACGGAAAUACUCUUCAUAAGCACAGUAGAGCUGUUUUAAGGAAAGACAAUGAUAAAAAUAUGUCAACUGAAGAUACUAAGAAGAACUUUAAUGAAAAAACAGAUGAGGAAAAAAUCACCUCUUUUGCCUCAGCUAAUUUGUCUUCCGAUCAGUGGAGUUUGGAGGAUAGACACUCUUUAGACUCAAACACACCAUUAUUUCCAGAAGACAGCUCUGUGGGAGAAUUGUCUUUCAAAUCAGAGAAUCAAGAAGAAUUCUGGCAUAGUAACCCUUCACAUUUGAGUUUAGACCUCAGUGGAACUGACUCAUGUGAAAUGAGUGAUAGUGGAAGUCAAGUGCCAGACAGUCUGCCUAGCACACCAUCCCCGGUAGAGUCUACUAAAUCGUUUUCUGUGCACUCUGACAAAGAAAGCAGCAUCACAAAUGAUAUGGGCUUUAGUGAUGACAUCUCUUUACUUGAAAGCCAAGAGAGAUGUGAGGAGGAGCUUCUUCAAUUACUGACACAUAUUUUGAAUUAUGUAAUGUGUAAGGGACUAGAAAAGUCUGAUGAUGAUACUUGGAUUGAACGAGGACAAGUGUUUUCAGCACUAAGUAAACCAGGAAUAUCCAGUGAACUACUUCGACCAUCAGAUGAAAUAAAACUAACUUUGCUACAAAAGAUGUUAGAAUGGGCAGUCUCAGAAAACAGAGAAGCAAAAACUAAUCCAGUAACUGCCGAAAACGCCUUCCGACUAGUGCUGAUCAUACAGGACUUUCUUCAGUCAGAGGGACUAGUUAAUUCAAACAUGUGGACCGAGAAGCUUUUAGAGGAUAUGAUGCUGCUCUUUGACUGUCUGUCAGUCUGCUAUUCUGAAAGUCCAAUAUGGGUAAAACUCUCUCAAAUUCAGAUCCAGUUGCUUCUAGGAUUCAUUGGAAGGGGUAAUUUGCAGGUUUGUGCAAUGGCAUCAGCUAAGCUAAAUACCCUUCUUCAGACCAAAGUGAUUGAAAAUCAGGAUGAAGCAUGUUACAUUUUAGGGAAGCUGGAACAUGUUCUAAGUCAAUCAAUCAAGGAACAGACUGAAAUCUACUCGUUUCUGAUUCCCCUUGUUCGUACCCUGGUUUCCAAAAUUUAUGAGCUUCUCUUCAUGAACUUGCACCUACCUUCUUUACCUUUUACCAAUGGUAGUUCGUCAUUUUUUGAAGAUUUUCAAGAAUAUUGUAAUUCAAAUGAAUGGCAAGUUUACAUUGAAAAAUAUAUUGUACCUUAUAUGAAGCAGUAUGAAACUCAUACAUUUUACGAUGGUCAUGAGAACAUGGCACUUUAUUGGAAGGAUUGUUAUGAAGCUUUAAUGGUCAAUAUGCAUAAACGAGACCGGGAAGGAGGGGAAAGCAAGCUCAAAUUUCAGGAGCUGUUUGUGGAGCCAUUUAAUCGAAAAGCACGCCAAGAGAACCUGAGGUAUAAUAAUAUGCUUAAACAACUUAGCAGUCAACAGUUAGCCACUCUUAGACGCUGGAAAGCAAUACAGCUGUAUCUUACAUGUGAAAGGGGACCUUGGGCUAAAAGGAAACAGAAUCCAGUUCAUUGGAAGCUAGCUAAUGUAGAGAAUUAUUCCCGCAUGAGACUUAAGCUGGUACCGAAUUAUAAUUUCAAAACCCAUGAGGAAGCUAGUGCCUUGAGAGAUAAUCUGGGUAUCCAACACUCACAGCCUUCCAGUGAUACAUUGCUUUUGGAAGUAGUGAAACAAGUAAAAGUUAGUGAUAUGGAGGAGGAUAAAUUAGACCUUCCUGAAGAGGAUAUAACAGCUAGAGCAAAUGUUGAUGAGAAAGAAGAACAGGAUCAAAAAGAAAAAUUGGUAUUGAUGGAAGACUGUGAACUCAUUACAAUAAUUGAUGUAAUUCCUGGCAGAUUAGAAAUCACUACUCAACACAUUUACUUCUAUGAUGGCAGCAUUGAAAAAGAAGAUGGAGUAGGCUUUGAUUUCAAGUGGCCUCAUUCUCAAAUUCGGGAGAUUCACCUCCGGCGUUACAACUUAAGAAGAUCAGCCCUUGAGAUUUUUCAUGUUGACCAAUCCAACUACUUUCUCAAUUUCAAAAAAGAGGUUAGAAACAAAAUAUAUAGCAGACUGUUGUCACUUCAUUCUCCAAAUAGUUAUUAUGGAAGCAGAUCACCACAGGAGUUAUUCAAAGCAUCAGGAUUGACACAGAAAUGGGUAAACAGAGAGAUAUCAAAUUUUGACUACCUCAUUCAAAUAAAUACAAUGGCAGGACGAACCUAUAAUGACCUUGCACAGUAUCCUGUGUUUCCCUGGAUUUUACAAGAUUAUACUUCGGAAGAAUUGGACCUUAAUAACCCUGCUGUAUUUCGAGAUCUUUCCAAACCAAUUGGGGUAGUUAAUGAAAAAAAUGCCAAAGCUAUGCGAGAAAAAUAUGAAAAUUUUGAGGAUCCUAUGGGAACUAUUGAUAAGUUUCACUAUGGUACUCACUAUUCAAAUUCUGCGGGGGUCAUGCACUAUCUCAUUCGUGUAGAACCAUUCACCACCCUCCACAUCCAACUUCAGAGUGGAAGGUUUGACUGUGCAGAUCGACAGUUCCAUUCUAUUCCUGCUACCUGGCAAGCUCUUAUGGAUAAUCCAUAUGAUGUUAAAGAACUUAUUCCUGAAUUCUUCUAUUUCCCAGAGUUUUUGGAAAAUCAAAAUCAAUUUAACUUGGGUCGUCUACAAGUUUCCAAAGAAUUAGUAAAUGAUGUCAUUCUCCCCAAAUGGGCUAAAUCAGCUGAAGAUUUCAUCUAUAAACAUAGGAAAGCUUUGGAGUCUGAAUAUGUUUCAGCUCAUCUUCAUGAAUGGAUAGAUCUGAUCUUUGGCUAUAAACAGAGGGGACCAGCUGCAGUAGAGGCACUCAAUGUUUUCUAUUAUUGUAGUUAUGAAGGAGCUGUGGAUCUGGAUGCCUUAAAAGAUGAGAAAGAAAGAAAAGCCUUAGAAGGGAUGAUUAAUAAUUUUGGGCAAACACCUUGUCAAUUAUUAAAGGAACCACACCCUCCAAGAUUAUCAGCAGAAGAAGCAGUGCAGAAGCCAACCAAAAUAGACACUUCAACCCUAAACCUGUUUCAACACCUUCCUGAACUCAAGUCAUUUUUUAUAGAGGGGAUUAGUGAUGGUAUUCCACUAUUAAAGGCCACCGUCCCCAAAAAUCAGUAUCGUUCUUUUAUGUCUCAAGGCAGCCCUGAGUUACUGAUAACAAUAAGCAUGAAUUAUGUUAUUGGAACCCAUGGAUGGUUGCCUUAUGACAGAAACAUUUCUAAUUACUUUACAUUCAUCAAGGAUCAAACUGUGACAAAUCCAAAAACUCAGCGCAGUAUGAAUGGUCCUUUUGCUCCCGGGCUAGAGAUCACUUCUAAGCUAUUUGUAGUAUCACAUGAUGCAAAGUUGCUCUUCAGCUCUGGAUACUGGGAUAAUAGCAUUCAAGUGAUGUCACUUACAAAAGGCAAAAUUAUCUCACACAUCAUCCGGCAUAUGGAUAUUGUGACUUGCUUAGCUACAGAUUACUGUGGAAUACAUUUGAUUUCUGGUUCCAGAGAUACUACAUGUAUGAUAUGGCAAAUAACACAACAGGGAGGUGUUCCUGUGGGCUUAGCAUCUAAACCUUUUCAGAUUCUUUAUGGACACACCAAUGAGGUAUUGAGUGUCGGCAUCAGCACUGAGCUAGACAUGGCAGUGUCAGGAUCAAGGGAUGGAACGGUGAUUAUACAUACCAUUCAGAAAGGUCAGUACAUGAGGACUUUACGACCACCUUGUGAGAGUUCUCUGUUCCUGACCAUUCCUAAUUUGGCUAUAUCUUGGGAAGGACAUAUUGUUGUCUACUCCAGCAUUGAAGAAAAGACCACCCUCAAGGAUAAGAAUGCAUUACAUCUGUUUUCUAUAAAUGGCAAGUAUCUAGGGUCUCAAAUCCUGAAGGAACAAGUAUCAGAUAUAUGUAUAAUUGGAGAACACGUUGUCACAGGCAGCUUACAAGGAUUCCUGUCUAUAAGAGAUCUCCACAGCUUGAAUCUCAGCAUCAACCCAUUAGCCAUGCGACUACCUAUCCAUUGUGUUUGUGUAACCAAAGAAUACAGCCAUAUUCUUGUAGGUUUAGAAGAUGGCAAAUUGAUUGUAGUGGGUGUUGGCAAGCCUGCUGAGAUGCGUUCAGGUCAGCUUUCUCGAAAAUUGUGGGGAUCGAGCAAGCGUCUCAGCCAGAUUUCAGCUGGAGAAACUGAAUAUAAUACUCAAGAUUCCAAGUGAUUGUUAUUUCCAUUUUCUGUUACGAUUACUGAAACCUGAUUUAUUGCUUUGUCACUUUAACCACAUCUCUCGACUCUCUGCAAUGUUGCAAGGCUUUUAUCCCUGAAAAUCAUUUACAGAUAACCACAAUUUGCUGUGGUAUAUAAACUAAUUCUUGGUCUAUACUAAGCUGUAUUUCAGAAAAUACAUUUGAUUUGAUUUUGUGGCCCAUUCCUAAAGGUCAUUGUAUCCAUUUUUAAAACAAACUAAGAUGAGAAAUUCGUUCAAUUUUCUUAUUAUUCCAAAUGAUAAAAUUUAAGAUUUUUCUAAUAAAAGAGUACAGAUAAUGGGACAGUUGAGAGAGAUGGCUUUAAAUACAUUCUUAAGUGAUCAUUUUCCUAUUUACUGACCUCUGUAAUGAAAAUAUAUCAAUUUAUUUAUGGAACUCCUGAUUGGGGAUAAUAUUUUAAAGUAUCUGUUUGGAUUUUCAAAACUCAGUAAAAGUUACAGGUUGGCAUGGUAAGAAUAAAAUAAGAAUAUUGAAACUGGUACAUUAGCUAAUUCUAUUACUACUUAGCAUGUUACUAAUGAGAAGUUACUGAAAUCUAUUACUGUCCUUAAAUAAUAAAAAUUGAGUAGAAAAAAGUGGAACUAGAGAUACAUUUUACAGAUGUAUUUCCUUAAUAAUAUAAUUAAGCAAAAGUGCUAAUUGUGAUUUUGACAGUUGGGCCUUUUAAGUAGCAUUUGCAGCACAAUUUGCAUUUGCAAAGUUCAAAAUUUCUUGACUCUUCACUAAGCAAAUACUAUUUUACUCUAAUAAUUAAGAGUUAGUAAUACCCAAAUAUGUUGAGUUUUUACUUAGGAUAACUGUGUGAUUGAUGAAUGAAUUGAAAAGAUAUGCAUAACUUAAAAUAAUCAUUUAUAUAUAGUAAUUUAAAAAUUUCUAUUUCAUGUUUUAGGAUUAGAGCUAAUUUUAUUAUUAUAGUGUUAAAUGUUGUGCUUGAUUAUUAAGAUCUUAAAGUAAAAGUCUGAUUUAUUUAAUUUAGAAUUCAAAGACAUUGUUAAACUUAGAUUUUUUGUAAGAUUAUCUUUUGAGUUAGGUCAGAGAGCUUUUACAACUACCAGUGUUAUUAAUCUGAGAUUUCAUGUGUUUGGGAGAACUUGUGAAUCCCUCUGAAAUUGUGCAGAGAUUUUGUAUGUUAAAUGCAUUUUCAGGAAGGAGUGGUUACGUGGCUUUCUUUAAAGGGAUCUGUGACCAGUAAUAGUAUUCUUUUUUGUUCCACAAAUCAUAGAUGUCCUUACAUCCAAUUGUCUUCUCAAUUGAAUCUUAGAGAAAUUUUUCCUUUGCAAUUUCGCUUUCCUGUUGACCACAGUAUCCAGUGCCCUUUUCUUUAUAAUCUUUUGAGUGAGUAAAAAAAUUUUAAGAAAUAAAGAAUUCUGUUUAGGGGAACUUUUGAAUAGAUUUGAUUUGAUGUGAGUCAGGGCUAAUGAAAAGCUAUAGAAGAAUUUUCUUUCCAAUAAGUAAAAAUCCUCUGUUUUAUUAAGGAAAAAAUAGCUAUGUUUUAGGUAAAUAACUGAAAUAAACUGGUACAACAAUUGUAAAAUAGAA